AUGAAUGAUACGCGCAAGUUGGACACGAGCACGAACUCUUUCCUAGAUGGGAGCUUUAAGGAAGAAAUAGGAAUUACCUCCAACAAAGGUGCAUUAACGAAUCAAAAACAAAAUUUUAAUAACGGUUCCCGUUUUGAAGAAAAAAAAAAUCUCGACCAUUCCAACAGUGAAUAUGGCAUGGAGAGCUACAACGAAGACAUGGAAAAGGAGUAUAGUCAAAAGGGAGCCAUUCCAAACAGUGAACUAAAUCAUUUAGCACAAACGAACGAACAGAAUAAUGUUUCAAAUAAUAGUGAAUCCAGUGACAGCAACGUUUAUAACCACGGAGAGGGAACCAACGUUAAGGACCCUUCUCUGUAUGAUAGUGUAAGGGACCAAAAGAUGUCAAAAAAUGUGGUCAGGGAUGUGCAGCUUCGAAGCAGCAAAACGAACGGAGAAUUUAAACCAUUUGUAGGAAGCCAAAAGUAUAACAAACAGAAUUCAUCACUACUUUGCAAUCAGGGAAAGUCAAACGACACGACAAGAAGUGACAGACCGGUAAAUGAAAAUAUGCCUCCCAUUAGCAGCACCUACAUUUCGAGUAAAUCCUUUAACAACACUGCAGGCACUGGUCAAAGCGGAACUGACCAAAUCAACGAGCAGCACAACGACAAUUUUUAUGAUAACAUGAAGGCAGUAAACAUACACUCUGAGUUAAGUGCAAAUAACAGUGUGUCUCUAACCAGUGGGGAUAAAAAAAAAAUGGACACAAAUCUCAAUUCCAUUCAAAGGAAUAGAGCAUUGCAGCCAAAUGGAGGUGCGCAAGAAGGCAUGCACCAUGGCUCUGCUGACAGGUGUGGGGAAAACACAGAGGAGUCCACAGACGGGGAGCAGCUAAUUUACGAGGGACAGCAUUAUCAUAACGCCAACUUGCUGGAACAAAGCGAAAGAGUGAACAGAAGUGGCAACGACAGAAGUGGUAACGACAGAGGUAGUAACGACAGAAGUAGUAACGACAGCAGUGGUAACGACAGAAGUGGCAACGACAGCAGUGGUAACUUCUAUGAAGGGAUAGACACAAAUGGUCCGGCUGGAGACAGCCUAAACUCGCUGAAACUCUCGCAAAGGUAUGUUGAUAUAGGUGAAUCUGGAGAUGGACGAAAUGCACAAAAUGCACAAAAUGUGAGAACCCAAAAUAGGGAUAAUUUCGAUGAAAACUUUUUAAAAAAUAAUAAUUCUUCUGCAAAAAAUGGGGAGUUUUAUAAAAAGUUAAACAGUAAUAUGAUAGAGAUGGAGGACCAAAUCAGUGGGGGAAAUUUUAAAGCAAGCGUAGAUGCUGAGUUGGGGCAGCUAAGGAGGGCUAGUAGGAGCCAUGUUCACUCCAGUAGAUCUUACACACAGCCAAUACAUGUGCAUGAGGAGUUGGGCGGACACCUAAUUGAGUCGAGCGGACACCUAAUUGAGUCGAGCGGACACCCGAGUGAGCAACUUCCCAAGUACAAUGCAGCGAGAAAUUCUAUGCAACCGCAACCCAGCCGUCUACCCUCCAGGAAAGACUUGUCCAAGUCUAUAAAUGUCAACGACAUGUCAGCAGAGAAUUCUUCAACGCGGCAAAGUGCCCAACUAGAAAAGGUAUACAGCAGGGAUCACUCAAACAGCAGGGAUCACUCAAACAGCAGAGACCGCUCAAACAGCAGGGACCACUCAAGCAGCAGGGACCACUCAAGCAGCAGAGACCACUCAAACAGCAGGGACCAAUCAAGCAACAGGGACCACUCAAACAGCAGACACAUAGAACCAAGGAGAAGUUAUAUGCAUGUAAAGAACCUGCAGAUUGAAUCGAGGAGCUAUUCCAUAACAUCGAAUAAAAGUCACAGUACAAGAUCGAGGGAGAAUUUUGAGGAACACAAAAAUGGUAUGAUUCUAUCUGAAAACAGGACUGUGAGAAUGCCUGAGAAUUUAAUAGAAUUAAAAUUUAAUCUGAACGGAUCUGUGAGUAGCAUUUCAGAGUCGACAAAUGAGAUGCACAUGGAAAAUGGUUCGCUCAAAUGUGAAAGCGGGCAAGAGCAUUUAAUGAACACCUCGGAAGAAUCAGCAGAUAACCAUAUGAGGGUAGGUAGCCAAAUGGAAUAUAGAAGCAGCCUGUCCAAACACACCAGAAAAAUGGAAUCAAAAAGGCACCACGAAGAUGCAUCUAAUGGCUUGAUAGAAUCGCAAUACGCAGAAGACAGAGACACAGACCAAGACCAAUACCAAGACCAUUUUAUCGACUCACAAUUUGGACAACCCUCCAACCAUCUAAUCGAAUCGCAAUAUGAUAUGCACAAAUGUAAUGACAAUGUGUCAGACACUAAUAGUAGCUCCAUGAGCUUAAAUAAGAGUCAACACGAAAUGAGCAAUGAUAUGGGUGAGCAACGUAACAAUUUUAUCAAACCGGGAAACUACUCACACAAGUCGCAGUAUAGCAAUGUCAACUUGGGGAUAGUGCACACAGAAUCGAGAAGGAGUCUAAUCAAUUCGACACAUAGUCAGAUGCAAUUACGGAGUAUUGCUCAACGUCCAAGUAAUAACCUUAUGAACCAAAAUAAGGUUUACAAAGAGUCGAGUGGCACUUUGGAGGAGUCUCACAACAGCUUGAUGAAUUCGGAAAGUCGGCAUAACGAGAUGUGGAAGAGUUUGACAGAGACGAAUGAUACGUUUGGGAAUUCUAAAUUUAGUCACAGAGUGUCCGGGUCGAGGCGUAGCCAAACGGAAAGCGCCAGCAGCGGAAGCAUCAACAAUGGUGAGCGCUACGCGGACCAUUCGAAUGCUAGCUUGGAAGAGAGACCACCUCAACCAGCCCACUCAUUUCAACAAAACAGAAAAGAUCUAAAAGAAAUGAACCACUACUAUGAUAACAGAAGAAGCAAGCCCCAUUUGAACAGAAGUGAAUAUGUCCCGAAGAAGAACGUCCCACAUGCUUAUAAAAAAUUCAAUACGUGUGUCCGCGAUGAUGAGCAGAAGGCCGAUUUGUUGCAAGCGUUCCAAAAGGGUAUUAAAACAAAGUGGGGCGUGAAAAAUGUACAAGACCAAGGUGUAAACGAAAUGGGGAAAUCACGAAACGGUUUGGAAAAUUAUGAAAAGAGACAGCCAAAUGACAUCAUUCGUGCAUCCGAGAAUCACAAUUUAAAGAAAGAACAAAGUAGGAAUUAUUUCUCCACGGAUGACAGCAAUGAUGUUGACCAAAAAGUGGACGGUAAAAUGCACUUCAACGAAUUAGAGCACACUUUUGAAAACUUCGAAAAAGGGGGGCAUAAGGACGCUGGCGAUCUGGAGUUUUCCUUCGAUCAGGAAAAUAAAAUCUGCAAAGAUAUGUGCAAGGACUUCUCAACAUCCAUUACGAAUUCGCAACUUUUAAUGAGCAGUUCUCAUAAUAUUAUGCACCACUCGGGUAUAAAUACUUCUAACAAUUUUGAUUUAGGGAUGUCCAAUAAAUCAAACAAAAUUUCCGACAUGGAUAAAUUCGCCAUGGAAAAUAAUUUCAAUUUGAACGUCAAUUCGAAUUAUAUUAAACGGCUAACCAUGAACGACAAUUUCGUCAACACAAAUUUGCAGAUCUCCUACAUGGAAAAUGAAAUUCAAAAUAAAAUAAAAGACUUUGACAAUUUUUUGGGGGAGGCUUUUGAGCACAAGUGUAAUUCUGUCCUCAACAGAAUUGAGAAGCUGCUUUCCUCCGACUUUUUCGGCGAGCCGUAG